AGCCUUCCUUCAUAAGCCUGAACCCCCUACCGAUCCCUCCGCCAACCGGCUACACUGACGGAGGUGCCCACGGCUAUUUUCCUACCGCUCCCACUGUUUAUUCCACUAGCCUGGACGUCAGGCCUCGACUGGGCUCCAAUAGCACCUCUGCCUCGGGCAUGGCACAUGCCCCUCGAUCCAACGCAUUGCCGCACCCAGGCUCCCAGCUCAGCAUUCGAGACAGCUACGCAACUACGACGCCAACCUUCAGAAGGCAAGACCAUCACAUUCCACGCUCCCCAUCCUUCGGCGGCAUAACCUCGAGACGGCAUCCACUAUCGCCCACUCCUAGUCCGGCAACCUACAACACACACAGGAUGGACGGCACAUAUGGGUCAAAGACCCAACCCAACAUACCCCCCCUUACCAGCAUCGUCGAGUGCGGUGUCCUUUCAUAUGGAGGCCCUCAAGCAACACCCAUCAAGGUGGAGAUUAGCGGCAUUAUCGACAAGGGAUUCUUCCUUGCCGAGGAGCAGUGGACUUGCUACAGGCGCAACUACUUUUCCUGUGUUUGCUCCUUCUCUUUAACCCCCAACCUUCCCACCACGGAAAUCCAAUUCGUUCAGACUGGAUCCCCACAGCCUUAUACAGUCUAUGGCUUUGCCAUGUCCAUCUCUGCAGCUGUAGCCGACAGCGAUAACCAAACAAUCGAGUUGGUUCAGCAUACGCCAAAGCGAGACAAGGGGCCGGUUGCUAAGCCCGAGAAGGUCCGGUUACUACCAAAGCCGGCUCAGCAAACCCACCAUCCACUAAGCGGAUUAUAUAGCAACCCCGACGGAAGUCUCUCGUCGUCCAGAGCAUACGACCACCAGCCAUACGGGCAACAACAAAGCCCUCUCCCCACUGAACAUACGUUUGAGCGUAUACAGUUCAAGCAGGCCACGGCGAACAACGGCAAGAGGAGGGCUGCUCAGCAAUACUACCACCUCAUCGUCGAGCUAUGGGCUGAUGUUGGAAGCCAGGGAGGGGCAGAAAAUUACAUCAAGGUAGCCUACAGAAAGUCAGCCAAGAUGAUUGUCCGCGGGCGGUCUCCAGGUCACUAUCAGAAUGAGAGGAGAGGAAGCACUAGCAGCGGGCCAGGGGGCUCCGGCGCCGGUAGCAUCGGCGGCGGUUAUUCUUCAGUCCUCGGACCUGGCGGCGACUAUCACCCUGGCACGAUGCUCCCUGGCGGCUUCACGCAAUUCGGUGAUCCGAGAGGUGGCUAUGGAGCACGGCAUCACCAUGAGCUGACCAUGGAACCCAUGAUGUCCCAUGACGAAGCCAAGUCGAUGACGGACCACAAGGGAUACCAAUAUUUCCCUGCAACGAUCUACGAGAGUGAGCACGCGGACCCAAGACAUCAACAGGUGGAACUGUUCUCCCACAGCCGCACGGAGGCAGAGAGCAACACGGUUCCCUCCAUGUCCAGCGGCUAUGAUCCGACAAAAGUCAAGCCCGAGGGGGAGAACGGCCUUCCCAGUAUGUUUUAUCCACCAGUUAGCUCUUACUACUCGCAGCAACGCUGCGGAAGAUUUGAGGGCAAAAACAGCUCUAGUGGGUAUUACCCUACCAGCAUUCCGCCAUCUUCAACAAUGAAUAUGACAUAGACUCCUGGAAAGGAGUGGCAUUUGCGGUCCGGACGGAACCGUUGUAUCAUGAUCCAGGAGCAUUGUGAUGUCGUCUAAGAAGAGAUGUUAAAAAAGAAGACCAUG